AUGUCCUCUAUCAGUCAGGAAUUAUUUGGAAAAACAGCUAAUGGAAGAGAUGUAUCCAGAUUCAUACUUAGUAAUAACAAUGGUUUAACCAUUAAGAUAUUAGAUUAUGGUGGUAUCAUAACAGAUAUCUUACUACCAGAUAACAAUGGAAAAAGUAACGAUAUCUGUCUUGGUUUUGAUGACAUGGAAGGUUACUUGACAAGAAGCCCAUAUUUCGGAGCUUUGAUAGGACGGUACGCCAACAGAAUUGCUGGAGCUUCUUUUGAAUUGGAUGGAAAGACUUAUAAGCUUGCUGCUAAUAAUGGACCUAAUGCUUUACAUGGUGGCAUUGUGGGUUUUGACAAGGUGUUAUGGACAGCCACCAUUGAUAAUGAUAAACUGUUAUUAAAGUAUAUUAGUGCUGAUGGUGAAGAAGGAUAUCCAGGGGAGCUAACUGUUACAGUUAUCUAUGAACUAACAGCCGAUAAUGAACUGAAAUUAGAUUAUAAAGCCACUACAACUAAAGCUACACCAGUGAAUCUUACCAAUCAUACAUAUUUUAAUCUUGCUGGUCAUGAAUCUAAUAACCUGAACGAUCACGUAAUAACAAUACCUGGUCAUUCCUAUACGGUGUUAGACGAAAAUACAAUUCCAACAGGUGAAAUACGACCAGUUGACGGUACAUUAUUAGAUUUAAGACAGCCUGUAAGAUUAGGAGAUGUUCUUGAAAAAGUGAAUAAUGGUCUUGGAUUUGAUAAUAAUUUUCAUUUACCUUCGGUUGAAGGUAUGCAGUUCGGAGCAAGGAUAGAACACCCACCAAGUGGAAGAUAUAUAGAAUGUUAUACAACUGAACCUGGUAUGCAGUUUUAUACUUGUAAAAAUUUGAAAGACACUAAGGGCAAGAAUGGUGUGGUUUAUAAACGAUUUGGUGGUUUCUGUUUAGAAGCACAACACUAUCCUGACAGCCUUCAUCACGCAAAUUUUCCAAAUACAAUAUUACGUGAAGGGGAUACAUACAAGCAGAAAACUGUUUAUAAAUUUGGAGUGAAGAUGUAACACAACUAUAUGAUUUAUUAAUUGAAUACAGUCCAAAUAACAUGAAGACCAAACUUUCGUUCCGUUUGUUAUUAUAGCUUUUAUUUUUACUCCGACUCUCCAGUGAGGUUGAUUCACUGAGCUUCUUUAAAGGUAUACCAUCUCUAAGGAUGACCAAAAAAUUAAAAUAUUGAUACUAGGUUAAAAUGAUUCUUUGUUCAUCAAUGGACUAACCUGGUGUCAUAGAAUCCCUCUACAAUCCAAUAAAUAAAUAAAACUAAUUAAUGAUCCAUUAAAGUAAGUUUGAUAAUUUUAUGUCCAUUCUAAGACGCAGUAAUAUCCUUUUAAAUUCAACGACAUCCUUAACUGACAGCUUUUAAUAUCUAAUUCUGUCGAAAUACUUGAAAAUUUUUCUACCAAAAGGAUGCUUUUUUGAACUUACCUCACGAUUUGGGUCCUAUGUUUGCAGACUGUUUCAAGAAAUAUCAGUUUAUAAAUGUACAUGGUGAAGGGUAUAGUAUUGAUCACAAAGCUUAUAAUAGUUGAUCUGUCAUUUUUCAAAUUUUUAGAAUAUCAUACACUUGAAUAAACUACUAUUAUUAU